GCGCCACCGUUCUUCUGAGCGUGACGUAAAUCGUGCGCGCGUUUCCAUCGAUUUGUGCGCGCGCUACAUGAACCCGACCAACCCAUUACAUGAGCCAGUGUAGUUUUAGAUUUUCGGCGUUAAAAGGAGUUUUGUGGUUAGAAAUAAGCGAGUGAAUCAGGAUGUUUACUCCCCGCGGAGCCUCAGGCUCGGGACGCCGGCACACGGCGAGGACCGGCGGCAGGAAGAGUGUCAACACGCCGUCAGGGCUGCUGUUCUCCCCGCGCAGAGCUCCCCUCACUCCCAGCCGAGCGACUCCCACGCGGGUGCAGAGCUGUGCCACGGUGGACUCGGACCAUUUCGACGUGCAGACGUUCGGGUCGUCUCUACCUGUCAAAGUGAUGGAGGCUCUGACCAUGGCGGAAGUGGAUGACCAGAUCUCGGUGAAGGUGGAGGAAUCAGGCUGGGCGUGGAUGGUGUGUGGGGAGAGGCUGAUCAUUUGGAAGAUCUGUCAGACUGCAGUAGCGAAGCUGUCUGUGUGUAAGGACCUGCAGUUAUCCCCCAGUGAGUACGCCUACAGCGCUGAUCUCAUCUCCAUCAGCUCAUCAUCUCCGCUGGAGUCAGCGUCGGUGCAGUCGGUGUGUGUGUUGGCCGUGUCUCCGGAUGGUUUGGCCCGGUUCUGGCCCAGUCUGGCCCACGAGGGGACGUACACGGAGACGCACGCUGAUCUGGGAGGACACCUGUGUAACUACGUGACCGCAGUCAGGGGAGGCAGCUUCAUCGUGUCCUCGUACCGCGGGCAGCUGCUGCGGGUGGGCAUGGAGGCUUCUGGAAGGCUCUAUCAGCGGGCAGUGCAGCAGGGACACGGGAUGCUGUCGGGGAUCGGACGCCGCGUCUCCAGUCUGUUCGGCCUCCGCAGCCCUCCAGCCGACACAGCCGUGCACAGUGUGUUGUGGGUGCCGGAUUCGGGAUGCCUCUACACACUCAGUACGUGUGGGUUGAAUAAGUGGGAGGUCGGGGACACCACGGAGGUUCAGGUCCUGAGCUGGAACGCCUGCCCGAGCCUCUCCGACAGCAUCGCCGACGCCAUCUGGGGUUCGGAGAGUAACUACGCUGAGCUGAAGGCGGGAGUAAACGUGGCGUAUCUGGACAUGCAGCUCAGUCACGCUGGCUUGGUGGUGUUGGCUGCAGCAUGGCAUCCUGCUGAUACUCCGUGUUUGGCGUAUUUCUGCUUGGUCACGCUCCCAGACACCACGCUACCCGUGUCAGACGAACUCUCUGUAGAGGUCACUAAGUACAACCCGCCGUUUCAGAGCGAGGAGGAGCUCCAUAAGACGAGGUUGUUGUUGCCGCGGGUGAAAAGUCCUGCAGCGUAUCUCUACAACGAGGAGCUGGUGUACACGUGCACCACCGGCGCCGGGCGCAGCGGGCUGCCAGAAGAGAAGCUGACCUUUAACGCCUCCGGUGACCGUAUCCGUGGUGGAGGCGUGUGUGCCGACUUGCCAGUUUUCUUCUCCCAGAUUAACGGCCUGGUUGCCGUGGUACCCAGAGAGAGCGCCUCCAUCUUGCCAGAGACCAUGGAGGAUUCUCUGUGUACUUCACUGGCUGGGCCUGGCCCUGAGGGGACUCCACUGGAGACACCACCUAAAAUGGACACGGUAGCACAAGAGGACAAAACAAAGCUGCUGAAACAAGCCUUCCUGGAGUUCUGCCGCAAUCGUGUAAUGGAGGCUCAGAAGAUGACGGACGAGCUCUUCCCUGACGACGGAGAGGGCGGCGCAGGAGGGGAGCUGGACGCGCUGGUGACUCAGAUCGACCUGGACCUGGUGGAUGAUUAUCCUGCGUCGGAUCCUCGCUGGGCCGAGUCCGUGCCUGAUGAGAACGCCGGCUUCACUCUGACCUCGCUGAUUCUGCUGCACCAGCUGGAGGACAAAAUGAAAGCUCACCACUGCUUCAUGGACUUCCUGCUGCAGACCGGGGUCCUGGACCGGCUCACCUCGACGACAGUGCGCUCGUCUCCCAUGGCGACUCGGAUGUUGCUAUGCGAACACGCGGAGAAGCUGUCGGCGGCCGUCGCGCUGAAGAACCACCACAGCAAGCAGCCGGAGCUGGUGAACGCCGCCGUCGUCGCCACGCUGAGGAAAACCGGUGCGAACGUGCCCUCCAGCCUCACGCCUGCUGACGUCUUCUUCAGAGAGGUGUCUCAGAUCUCCUCGAUCUUCGAGUCACUGCUGGAUGAGGAGGAGAAGUGUCUGAAGGAGAACCCCGUGACCUCAGUGAAGUGGGCCGAAGUCGUCCUCAACGUCAACAACAUCAUCAAGGACAUGCUCCAAGCAGCAGCGCAGUACAGAGAGACUAAAGCGUCCCUCUACAGAGCAGCAGAAAACGCCGCUCCCGAGCCGGAGUACAUCCCGUGGACAGCCUCGGGCGGAGUGGGCGGAGUUCGUACAGUCAUCGCCCGGCAGCAUGACGUGAUCCUGCGCAGUGUGUAUCCUCACGCUGACUCGGGACUCCGUAACGCUCUUAGCGAGCAGCUGGUGGCGCUGCUGGACUCGCUGCUCGGCGGUUACGUGGCUCAGCUCACCUCGCUGCGUCGCCCCGGGCAACAGGAGCGCUACGACGCCCUGGAGAUGGAGUACACACAGCGCCGCGCCGAACUGCUCACACCGCUCCUGGAGCUGGGUCAGUAUCAGUGGGUGGCGGCUCUGGCCGAAAAGUACUGCGAUUUUGACAUCCUGGUGCAGAUGUGCGAGCAGACGGACAAUCAGACUCGCCUGCAGCACUACAUGACUAAAUUCGCUGACCAGAACUUUGCGGACUUCCUGUUCCGCUGGUACAUGGAGAAGGGGAAGCGAGGGAAGCUGCUGUCUCAGCCCAUCGCUCAGCAUCAGCAGCUCGCCAGCUUCCUGCAGGCCCACGAACACCUGAGCUGGCUGCACCACAUCCACGUGCAGGACUUCCAGAGUGCCCACCACACUCUGUACAGCCAGGCCAACACAGAGACACGCUACUUCAGCAAGAAGAAAACUCUGCUAGCGCUGAGCAAACUCACGGCUCUGGCCUCAGACAUGCCCGAGCCGCUGCAGCGCAAGCAGGUCAACGACAUUGUGGAGCAGGAGCGCUUCCUCCUUCAUCAGGAGACUCUUCCCAAACAGCUGCUGGAGGACAAGCAGCAGAACCCAGACACCAUGCCUCUACUGAGUGCCCAUAACCUUAUUAAUCUGUAUAUAUGUGAUGAAAACCGCGGCGCUGAUGAGUAUGACUUCAAGAAAGCCCUCGACUUGCUGGAAUACAUCGACAAGGAAGACGCUGUGGAUAUUACAGCUCUGAAGUGUGCGAUUCUCAGCAAAGCCUUGAAGAAAGACUGGAAAGAGAAUUGGUCAGCCUCAGACGGCAGUGAUGAUCCUCUGGAGGCAGCUAGAGACAGCAUCUUUGUUAAAAUUCUCCAGAAACUCAUUCAGGAAGGCGUUCCUCUGCAGGAGUAUCUGCCCGAUGUGAAGGAGCUGCUGCAGGUAGACGAGUUGGAGGCUCUCAAAUCUAAACCCUUCUUUGAGUUCUUACUGAGAGCCAACUACGAGCACUUCGUCCAGUCGCAGAUCUGACCCAACAUUCCUGUCCUCUACUCUGCUCUACACUUUUCUACUGUGUGUGUUAGACUCUGUUCUCUCCACGUGAGGAUUUUUUUUUUUUUUUGAAUAAAUAAUGUAUUUGUGUAUCAC